UUGGACAGAAUUGUCAAAAAGACGUCGUGUGUGUUUGAAUAAACGUUCUAGAAAAUUUCACCGAUAGGAGUUUCGAAUUUAGCAGUAAAAUCAAACAAUUUAAAAUUAAUCAACACAUUCAGUAAGUGCUAAAGAACGCUGAUAUCGAGAUGACAUUAAUUCCAUGCUAUAAUCGAGGAUGCGGAAAGGAUUUCGAUCCAGAUACUAAUACCGAAGAAUCUUGUCGCUUCCAUCCGGGCCUACCAUACUUUCAUGAUGCGUACAAAGGAUGGUCAUGUUGCAACAAGAAAAGUGUCGACUUUACGGAAUUCUUGAAUAUAAAAGGCUGUCAAGUGUCGAAGCAUUCAAAUGAAAAACCACCAGAACCGGAGAAGCCCAAACAAGACGUUGUCGUGGAAGAACCGCCACCGAUGCCAUCUCCUGUAGUCAAUUCGGCAUUGGAACGCAUAGAUUUCAAUGCACCUCUGACCGUCAUAGAACCAACUGUUGCGCCAGCAUUAAAGCAAACCAUAGACAAUAUCGGACCGAGUGCGGCCGCUAAGAGUGUAGCUGCUGAUAGUAGUUCAAUUCCGGUUGGAACUGUGUGCAAGAAUGGAGGUUGCGGUAGUGUUUAUGAAUCGCCGGUCUCGGACCAAUCAAUUUGUUGCCAUCAUCCCGGAUGUCCCAUAUUUCAUGAAGGAAUGAAAUUUUGGUCAUGCUGUACAAAGCGGACGUCAGAUUUUGCGACGUUUUUAAAUCAAAAGGGAUGCUCUGAGGGUCAGCACAAGUGGAUACAAAGCAAAGAAGACUCCGAGGCAAUUAGAUGCAGAUACGAUUGGCAUCAAACGGCCACGAACGUAGUCAUUGCUAUCUACGCUAAGUCCUACCAUUACGCCAAAAGUUACGUAAAAGUAAAUCCGAUUCGGCUGGACGUUUGUUUAGUGUUCCCGCAGCAGAGCGAUGCCGAAUUUACGCUAAAUUUAGAAUUGAGAGGCGUGAUUGAUGUUGCACAGACGAAAGUUCAGUUUUUGGGAACCAAAGUGGAAAUAUCGCUGGCAAAGGCUGAACCGGGUAGCUGGGCGAAAUUGGACUUCCCGAAACCGGUUCAGCCGGCACCAAGCAUGCCAGCAACGACAAAUGUUGACACUAAGUCGGAUCCGGAUUCGGAUGUCGAUUUGGACGAUAUUGAAGCUAUGAAUGCGGUCACAAUUAAAGAUAUUUGAAGGAAGGAUGUGUUGGCGAGCGAUUUGUGAAGAUUUUGUCUAAGAUUUUGCUAUGUUUUUUUCCGUUUAUUUUUCAACGAAAUGUUACAAAUAAAUGAUCCUGCUCUUAAUCUCC